CAAAAGUGACGCAGUCAGCGCGCGACCGGGCAGACGAAUCGUCAGCAGAUGCGCAGUUGCUCACGAUGGUCAAACAUUUGAACAUCGUGGGAAGUAACUGUUUACCUAUUUCAGUUUCAUUAGGACUUACAACAGCAGCGUGUUGCCCAAUAAGCGCCUAACUCACCCAGAAGUCUUGAUGAAGCAAGCGGGACGGUGAGGCAGUGGGGAACUGUGAGUGUGUGGCUUGUCCGUUUCAAGAAACCGAAGACAAGAAGCAGAAACAAAGACAAAGGCAAUCAAGGGAUGUGUGAAAAACCUGCCAGGGCGAGGGUGCUCAUGCAAACACAUUAGCCUGCGAUGCAAGUGUCCACCUUUCCACUCAAGAGUCUGCACUGGAGCAGCUUGUGGCGGCUGACCUAAUGCACCGGGGAAGAGUUGCACUUGAAACGGAAACAGCACAGCUAUUGCCGGUCCCUCCUUUUCCAGUGGAGCAGGAGCUUGAACCUGGAUGCCUGAGGACGCACAGCCCCACACUCUCACGUGACCCACUGUGCUACACUCGGUCGGCCACAGAGCCGUCAACACGCAGCAGAGGAGUCAGCAGGAGGAGGCUCAUGUCUUCUGUUCGGAGGGUUUCCCAUUCCUCUCGGCGAGCCAAGAGGCGCUUGUGUUGUAAACUACAGCUCUGGAUGUGGAGGAAGAGGAGGAGAGCGAAUUGUCAUUUCUGGAUAUUCAAAGCCAAAAAACAAGAAAAAGGAACUUGUGCGAUCAGUUCCAGCCCCUGCUUCAGUUUCAAAACAAAGUCACAGAAGUAUAAAUGUAAAGUUAAGAAGCACCACCUGCAGAGUGAAGACAAGUUACAAGGAAGUAAAUCACUUUUAGCUGCUGAAUGUGAAUCUCAUGGCUCACACGACAGGCUCGACAAGGAGAACUGCCUGAGUAAACCUGUUGGCCUAUCAGAGAUAUGUACCACUGCUAACUUGCUGCACAGCCUGGCACAGAGACGUGGAGAAGGAAGCUCCGUCCGGCUGGAUGAACUUCCUGACCCACGGGAACAGUGUUGCACUGCCAAACCUCUGCAGGGCCAGAGUACAGGCAGCGGCGUAUGUGUGGAAAUCACAGAUAAGCUACCAAAGAAAAUGAUGUCAUCUCAAAGGUGUGGUGGCCUGAAGCUGUGUGAACCUGUUGGCCCUUCUGAACGAUGUGCCGCUGUCAUUCCGCCUCAGGAGCAGGCCGCUGGCAGAGAGAGUUGUGUCAGCAUCGCCGGUGAAAAGAUGCUAAGUGAGACAGUGUCCUCUCAAAGCCGGCAGCAAACAGACGUCAGCCAGAAAGCACUGGAAAAGGAUAUCCACGAAUUCCUAGAUGACUUCUUUAGAAUAUACGGCAGCUUCAUUCCGCUGCAAAAGAGCGAUGUGUUGAAACACUUGAAGAGGAAGUUUAACAUUGACCUUGACAAGAGGAAAAAUUUGAUCUUUGCAGAGGUUACAAAAUAUCAAGCCAAGAUAGUUGUGAAACCUGCGCCCUCCUUCUGUGUGGUCUACAAGAAACACACACUGACACUGGACGACCUGUCCACACUGGCCAAUCAGAACUGGCUCAACGACCAGGUCAUGAACAUGUACGGAGAAUUGAUCACUGAAUCUGCCCAUCAUAAGGUCCAUUUUCUCAACAGCUUCUUCCACCGGCAGCUUGUGACCAAAGGAUAUGAGGGAGUUAAGAGGUGGACAAAGAAGGUGGAUUUGUUCUCUAAGAGCCUGCUGUUGGUGCCCAUACACUUGGAGGUUCACUGGUGUCUGGUGACUGCUGACACUGUCAAAAAGAAGAUCUGCCUGUACGACUCCCAAGGCAACGUGCUGCAGAAGGUGGCAAAGAACAUCCUGAAAUACUUGAUGAUAGAGGCAAGAGAGAGGCAGCAAGCAGCGUUUGAGAACGGCUGGACGUUGUCAUUCUGUGAGGGAAUUCCACAACAGACCAAUGAAAAUGACUGUGGAGUUUUUGUUUUGGAGUACUGCAGGUGCCUUGCCUUGGAGAAGCCGCUCCAGUUCUCACAGAGGGACAUACCAUCUAUACGGAAGAGGAUCUACAAAGAGCUGUGUGACUGUAAGCUCUAUGAAUAAGACUGACUAUUAUUCAUCAGGGCAAAUCAGCGUUUAGCCCUCACUGAUUUUGUUCUGUGAUACCAGUAAAUGCUGCUGAAAUCAUCACUUUAAACUUGUCUGUGUUGAACUGCAUUUCUGCUCUGCGUCACAAAGACAGGUGGUCCUGUGCCACAUGUCAAGCACAUUACAGUACUGUGAGUGUAGAUGUGUGUUUUAGUUUGGCUGAACCCAAUCAAGAAGUGUGAUUACUGUUUCGAGUGUGCCGUCUGUAAAGCUGACAAAAAACUAACUGAGGUCAUUACUGGGUUGUUGUAUUUAUUCAAUGCAUAUUAUGUAAGAGGGCAUGUGAAGAAAGGAAAACACUAUUAUAAUGAGAUAUUUAAAUUAUUAUUAUGUCUGUUGGUUUGGCUCAGGAGUUUUGACUUUUUCUGAAGACGGUAAUGCACUACCACAUGUUUUUGACUGAUGUCUCAGAUUAAACUUUUGUGAACAAGCUGUGUCUUGCCAUCGAAAUCCCUCAAGGUCCAUUUCACUGAUCCUCUGUAUUUUUUUGUUGAUGUUGAAUUAUGAGUACACAAUUAUGCAUUCUCAUGAAUCACCUUUUUUCUUUUUUUGGAAAAAUUUUGUCUUAAUUUUACGUCGUCAUCCCUGAGAUUUGCUGUUACUUGCAUCCUAGUUGUUUAUGUAUUUAAAGUUAAAAGUGUUUUGUUUACAGUGGCACCUUGAGGAGAAGACAGUUGUUGAGGUGUUGGAAGGCUAUGUCCAAAUGACUGUUACUAUUUGUAUUGUUGUUUUUUGUUUGUUUGUUUGUUUGUUUGUUCCCAUAUGUAUAAGAGAAUGGAAUAAAAUCACUCAGUUUUGCAAACAUUC